AAGAACUGGCUUUUUCCCACUUUCCACACUCGCAGCUUAGGCUUGUCAACACUGACAGAUCUCUGUUUCGGUUUAUCUUUCUCGUGGUGGUGGUGGUGGUAGUGGUGGGGGAUUUGAGAAGACUGGGGAAUGGAGACCCCUCUGAUCACCGAGGCGAGCAGCAGCGGCGCCGUCGACAACGGCGGCGACGGCGACGGCGACGGCUACCAGAGAUCGAAGCCGUAUUACCGGAGGUCCGACGCCAUAGCUUACGGGACGCGGUACCAGAAGGCCGCGGCUCUUGUUGAUCUGGCAGAAGAUGGUAUUGGUCUUCCUGAGGAAGUUCUGAAUGAUAUAACAUUUGAAAGGGCUGCAAAGUUCUACUUUAUAUAUAUUCGCUUCGAUUUGCUGUGGUCACUUAAUCUUUUUGCAUUAAUUCUCCUGAACUUUCUUGAGAAGCCUUUGUGGUGUACCAGGUAUGGCCAAUAUUCAUGCGAGGAAAGAGACUUUUUUCUCCUUGGGCAAUUGCCUUACUUAACCAGCAUGCAAUCCCUCACUUAUGAGGGGAUCACACUUUUAAUUCUUGUUCUGCAUACAUUUCUUCCACUAGCAUAUGAAGGUUGCUGUCUCUAUUGGAAGAGCCCUUUGAACAAAUUAAAGGUCAUACUUCUCAUAAUCUUAGUUUGUGAUGUGUUGGUCUAUGCUCUUUAUCUAUCUCCAGUGCUUGUUGCUUCUUUACCUUUCAGAGUUGCCCCGUACAUUCGUGUUGUCUUUGUUACUUUGUCAAUCAGGGAAUUGCGUGCAUGUAUGCUCACAUUGACUGGAAUGGCUGGCAUGUAUCUCAAUGUCUUGGCUCUUUGGCUAUUGUUCCUUUUAUUCUCCAGCUGGUUAGCGUAUGUGACAUUUGAAGACACCCAACAAGGAAGGACCAUGUUCUAUUCCUAUGGUGCUACAUUGUAUCAAAUGUUUGUUCUUUUCACCACAUCUAACAAUCCAGAUGUAUGGAUUCCUGCUUACAAGAAAUCACGUUGGUCUUGCCUAUUAUUUGUUAUCUAUGUGCUGUUGGGGGUUUACUUCCUAACAAAUCUUAUUCUUGCGGUCGUUUAUGAUAGCUUUAAAGCUCAGCUUGCGAAACAAGUGGUUGAGAUGGAUUCUAUGAGAAUACGCAUCUUGGGAAAGGCAUUCAGUCUUAUAGAUAAUUAUAAGCAAGGGUUUCUGAACAAGGAGCAGUGCAUCUGCCUAUUUGAGGAAUUGAACAAGUACAGGUCCCUACCAAAAACUUCUAGGGAAGAUUUUGAAUUAAUAUUCAGUGAACUUGAUGAUAGUGGUGAUUUCAAGAUUAAUUUGGAAGAAUUUACUGAUCUCUGCAAUGCUAUUGCCCUAAGGUUUCAAAAGGAGCCUUCUCCUUCAUGGUUUGAAAACUGCCCAUCUUUUUACCAUUCACCUCUGUGCAAGAAUUUGAAAGCUUUCGUUCGCAGCCCCAUGUUUGGAUAUGUUAUAGUUUUUAUACUUGUUCUCAAUCUAGUUGCUGUUGUUAUUGAAACAACGCUUGAUAUAGAGAACAGUUCUGCGCAGAAAAUUUGGCAACAAGUGGAGUUUUUCUUUGGGUGGAUUUAUGUAUUAGAGAUGGCUUUGAAAAUAUUUUCAUUAGGAUUUGAUGCUUACUGGUUGGAAGGCCAAAACCGGUUUGAUUUUGUGAUCACAUGGAUAAUAGUUAUUGGAGAGAGUCUGACUUUUUUCUUCCCAUCUGAGCUUCCUUUUCUUUCAAAUGGAGAGUGGAUUCGUUAUCUUUUAAUUGCAAGGAUGUUGCGCUUGAUUAGGCUGUUGUUGCAUAUUCGACGCUAUAGAGCAUUUGUGGCAACAUUCUUAACAUUAAUUCCAAGUUUGAUGCCAUAUCUUGGGACCAUAUUUUGUGUUCUAUGUAUUUAUUGUUCCCUUGGUGUACAGCUGUUUGGUGGGAUUGUAAACUUUGGAAACCCGAAUUUGGAAGCAACUGAUCUUUUUGCGGAUGACUAUGUUCUUUUUAAUUUUAAUGACUACCCAAAUGGGAUGGUUACACUAUUCAACUUGUUAGUGAUGGGAAAUUGGCAAGUCUGGAUGCAGAGCUACAGGGAUCUCACAGGAACUUCUUGGACACUCGUUUACUUCAUCAGUUUUUAUCUUAUAACAGUACUACUUCUGCUUAAUCUGGUUGUAGCAUUUGUUCUGGAGGCAUUCUUUGCUGAAAUGGAACUUGAAACAACUAGUGGAUCUGAAGAAGACAAGGAUGCAUCUCGAAAGGACCGACGCAGAUGUGUCGGUGUGAAGACUAGGAGUCGCACCGUAGACAUUCUUCUUCAUCACAUGCUAAGUACUGAACUAAGCCAAACUCAGAGCUGUAAAGCAUAGUUCUACAUCUACAGGGUCUCGUCACCUAUAAAGAGCCAACUUGGAUACUUAGUGAGCCGUUUGAGCUUGAACCAACCUUUGGGAGCGAAUCUGUCCAUGAAUGUCCACCAGCCAAAAUAUCAACAAAAUACAAUCAGAUUGAGAGAAUUUUGGACGAGCAGAUCCUUUCCACCCAGAGUCGAGGCUAUCAGCGGUAUUUGAUCAGAUGGCAAGGUCGAUCGGAGUCUAAAGAUAUCUGAAUCACUCGAGAAGAGCUGCAGCGCAUUAAUUCCGAUCUGUUUGAGCAUCACCAGAGUAGAAUCGAUCCACACUCAAUAAGAUCGAGUUCUCCCCACUUCAGGAGAAUUGAUGCGGACAUCAGAGUCAUCAGAAGUCGGCGACAUAAUUUAGAUUCGUUUUGGAUCGAAGAAGUCCCAUUAGAUUGACUCUACUUUAGUUAUUUAUUUUCAGUCAAUAAAUUUUUGAUGCAUUUAGUUUUGGGUCCAUAGGGUCAUACUUGGGUUUGUAUUGGGUUUGUCCACGUCACUUUUGAAACCACCACUCUCCACAUGCCCAAAGAAGAAAUAUGCAUGUCAGCAUAUGCCAUGCUCAAGGAUUCUCAUGCCAAGUUAUGCCAAGCAUCAAGCGUCCAUAUGAAGUUCUAUUUUUUUCCUAAGAUUCCUUAAGAAUUCUUGACUACUUACUUUAUUGAAGGCUGAUUUCUUUUCCAUGGUAGAUUACUUUAUUUGAAAAUCAGACAUAAUGCUUUAUUUUUUUGUGUGAGGGCUAAUUUCUUUUUUGUAAAAGAUAAAGGAUUUCUAAAGAAAUAGGACCCUUAGGGUCUUAUAUAAAUCUUUGUAUCUUUCAUGAAGAGAGUAAUGAAUGAUUUUACAAAUCUUUCAAAUACUUGUGUCAAUCAUUCCGAGAGGAAGAGGGUGUGAGAUCCAAAAUCACCUCACAAGGAGAGGAUGUGAGGUCCACUUUCUAUCUUAUUCUUUUAACUUUCAUCUACUUAAGAUCUAAUAUUCCUACGAUCCCAAUUCGACUCCACCAUCUACCCAUGCAAGCCUAUCCCAUCAAGAAAAGAUCCAUCUCUUUCAAAAUUUUCAUCUAUCGUGCUGAGAGAAAAGAAUGAUCUCUUAUUCUACAGAUUAUAUGCUGUCAAGGAUUUUUGUUCUUUCUCAAUUGAUUUUUGAUUUUUAUUUUUUUAUUAGAUUCGACGUUGGUAAAGAUCUUGUUCUUUAUCGACAGAUCUGUUUGGUUAAAGAUUAAAGGUCCUAAUCAGAAUAAUUUUUUAACUAUCACGAUCCA